AUGUUUUCCGUCUGCAGAAGAGGUCCCGCCUCAAUAUCUAGAGCCCUUCGCGCAGUCCCUUCAAGCAUUCGAAUUCCUUCAACCAGACCUUCAACUCUUUCUCUCAUUUCACAAAAGACUUCAUUGCCAGUUUUGGAGUCAAGAUGGUUACAUGUAUCUUCUGCUUCACAAUUACAAAGUGUUGCCACUCAAGAAGCUGCCGUCGUUCAAGAAAAUAAAGUCAUUAAUCGUUUCGAUGAACUCACCAAAUAUGGUUUGGUUCACCCAAAUGUUGUUAAUGAAAUCACCCAAACUAUGAAACUCGAGACCAUGACAGAGGUCCAAACUUUAACUAUUAACCAAGCUUUACAAGGACAUGAUAUUAUUGCACAAGCACGAACUGGUACCGGAAAGACAAUUGGUUUCUUACUUCCUACUAUCCAAAACAUCCUCGAGAAGAGCCCUGAGCUUGCAUCUCGUCAACGUUAUUCCAGAGCAAGAGCUUCCGAUAUUCGCGCAAUCAUUAUUUCACCUACCCGUGAAUUGGCAGAACAAAUUGCUGUCGAAGCAGUCAAGAUUACAAGAAAUACAGAUUUGAUUGUACAAGUUGCAGUCGGAGGAUCUAGCAAGAAAGAGAUGCUGAGAAAAGUUCAACGUGAGGGUUGUCAUAUCCUUGUCGGAACCCCAGGAAGACUUCAAGAUCUUUUGACCGAUGAAUACAGUCAAGUAUCUGCUCCAGGAUUAACAACUUUGGUUCUCGAUGAAGCUGAUCGACUUUUGGAUGAUGGAUUCUCUAAGGAUAUCGAUAACAUCCAGGAGCUCUUACCUAAACGAAACGAAGUUGACCGACAAACAUUAUUAUUUUCCGCCACCGUUCCAAGAGAGGUCAUGGGUCUCGUCAGAAGAAUCUUGAAACCGGAUUAUCAAUUCGUCCAAACCGUCAAGGCAGGAGAUGUAGCCACACACGAAAGAAUCCCUCAAAAGAUUGUCGCUGCUACUGGAAUGGAGAACGUCAUGCCAGCCUUGGUCGAAAUUUGCAAGAAAGGAAUUGAAAAGGCUAAUACCGAAGGUUCCUCUCCAUUCAAGGCUAUCGUAUACUUUAACUCAACCGCAAACGUCCAAUUGGCUGGAGAGAUUAUGAAAGGAAUAGAUUCCCUUCAUUCAAUUGAGGUUUCUGCUAUUCACGGCAAGCUCACACAAGAAAGAAGAACUAGAGUUACAGACAGAUUCCGUCGUGCCAAGUCUGCUGUCAUGUUAUCCAGUGAUGUCACAGCUAGAGGAAUGGAUUUCCCCAAUGUUACUCACGUCAUUCAAAUCGGUGUCCCUAGAGAUAGAGAUACAUACAUUCAUCGUGUAGGACGAACUGGAAGAGGAGGCAAGGAAGGAGAAGGAUGGCUCAUAUUGACACAAUCUGAAAUUCCAGGAGCUCGUCGAACAUUAUCCAAUCUUCCAAUCACACCCGAUCGUACACUCGAGACUCCCUUCGUCGAUAUGAAACAAGAUGCUCAAUUACCAGCCACAACCGCGGAAAUCCUUAACGAAGUCGGUCAAGCAACCAAGAGAGUUGACCGUGAAAUCAAAGUCGACGCAUAUAUGGGAGCACUUGGCCAAGGUCAGAGGGGUGCAAGCCCUAGGGCAAUGAUGGAAGAUUUGAACAACUGGACUAAAUUUGGUUGGGGUUGGGAGAAACCUCCUAUGGUUGGCCCUGGUCUUGCACGCAAAUUGGGAAUUGAUAGAAUUCCAGGCGUUAACAUUGGACAUGAACCUCGCGAGAAUGAUGACGAUCUUGGUGGAGGACGAGGAUUCGGAAGCAGUGGUGGAGGACGAGGCUUUGGGAGCAGUGGUGGUGGUGGUGGAAGAGGAUUUGGAAGCAGUGGUGGAUCUAGUGGCGGAAGAGGAUUUGGAAGUGGUGGAUCCAGUGGAGGAAGAGGAUUCGGUGGUGGCCGAGGUGGUGGAAGUGGAGGCGGUAAAGGAUUUGGCGGAAGAAAUGGUGGAAGAAGUGGUGGAAGCGGCGGAAGAGGAUUCGGUGGUGGUGAUAGAGGUGGUUCUAAAGGAGGAUUUGGUUCAUCUUCAAGUUUCUAA